AUGUUGCACAGGGUGCUCUCGGGUUCCUUUGACCAGACAGUUGGCAUCUGGUCCCAGGAUGGACAGCUGAUCCAUCGCCUUGGCCCCUUCACUGGGAACAUCACUGCACUGUGCUAUGUGGCAACGGUUGGCAUUGUCUGGAUCGCCAGUGGCACAUCCCAGCCCACGAUCUAUGAGCCCCAGUCUGGGGAGAUAGUUUCACAGUUCAUAUCCACAUUUCGAGGCCAACAGAUGGAGGGGCUUGUUCUUCAGCAGCUUCUCAGCCUACCAGACUCAAGGCAUGUGAUUGGUUCAGCAAAACCCCAGCAAAUGCUGGUCUGGCGCUACAGUGAGUUGGGAUGCCUGACUGUGCUGCCUUGCAAACACCCCUUAGAGUGCCUUGCUUAUGCUAAGAAGGAGCCCGUUCUACUCUUCAGUGGAGACAGCAGUGGGAUGCUGCAGAAAUGGGAGAGGAGCUACAUAUCGCCCUUCAUCUACAGCAUGGAGUCCUUCCACAUCAGUGAAGCGCAAUUGGAGCGGCGAGGCCCCUUUGCACAGCAGAUGGUGAAGAGCGGCAAGGAGGAGCCACAGCCUCGUCCAUGUUCCCCUCGAAAAUGGAGAAAGGCCUAUAGUGGCCGCCAGAGUGGCCACAGCCUAUUCCGGACCACAGCCAAGGACACACAAAAAGAAAGCAUAGGCUUCACAAGGGCCAUCUUUGCUGAGGAGCUGGAUAUUCUGGUGGUGUCGGCAACUAACGGAAAAAUUUAUCUCUGGGAGUUUGAGAGCUUCAACCCAGGCACUGAAUCCCCUGGUCAGCUCAGUGGGGGAUGGGAUGGAAGGCUGUGUCUCUGGGAUCUGCAGAACCGCUCCUUGCAAAAUGAGCUUUCCAGUGUCCCUGGGAACAAUGGGCCCAUCCUUGAUAUGGCCUACUCCCCAAAGAGGAGAGAAUUUGCUUUAUCUUCUAGCACUGGCAGAAUUUUUAUCUGUGCUUUCAAUCCUCACUGUGCCAAUCUGGUACUUCUGGCUGAACUUGGACACCAAGCUAGUGUUGUGGCAUUGGUCUGGCAUUCAUUAGAGGACAAGUGGGUCAGUGGUUCUGAAGAUGGCUCCAUUCGGCUCUGGAGUGAAGAUGGGGGAUGCUGCAUGAAGGUCCUGAGAGCCCCCAGAGGGAUCACCUGCCUUUGCAUUGACCAGGCCAAUGGCUGCAUUGUUGCAGGGGUCCAUGACACCAUCAGGGUUUAUGAUGCAAACUCUGGGGUGCAGGUACAAAGUCACACAGGGCAUCAAGACACCAUCAAGGGCCUCAUCCAUGUCCCAGAAAUGGAACAGUAUGUCUCAGUUUCACUGGAUGGCACAGUGUGCAUGUGGAAGGCCUAUCGUCAGGGAGACUAG